AUAGAAUAGGCUGAGUCACAGAAGGAUCUCAACGAUAUAAAAAUGUUAAUGUGAUGGUGGGUUUUUGCUUCUACGCAUAGCUUGUCAACUCAAUUAAAAUACAAUAUGUUCCACAGGAUUUGAGACGGUUCUUCUUAUUGAAGGAUCCCAAGUUCAGCUGAACCUAUGUGGUAAGGGCUCUGGUGGGCUGGAAGAUACACAAGUUUAAGCGAGCGGAGGAGGCGGGCCAACCAUUUGAAAGCAGCAUCCCUCAUCAGACCCAAACGCCAUAUCACCAAGCAUCGCAUCCAGCUACCACCACUACUCGACAUUUGUCACCACCAUCCAUCCUCCACUCGUUCACCCCCUCUAUCAACACCACAUCGCGUGCUUGUUGUGCAGUUGCCCACUUGGUCAAUCCGCUGUUGCCCACUCGACCGUCGCUGCCACCGCAUUUCAGAGGGGUUGAUUACGGCAACCCCCCCCGCGAGGCUGAACGAUACUGCUACAUAGCAUCAUCCCCCACAAGAACCCGCAUCUACGACCAUCAAAAUAUCAGCAACCUCCAUUCUUGCCAUUUACGCCUAGGGUACGCGUAGUGGCAGAUUUCUCUGCGUCCAAAGUCCUUUUGAGGCGUCGCGUUUCCCUCCGAAUCGCUAUGCGCGGGCCAGUUCCAACCAUGGCGCCCAUUACCACCACCGCAGCCCCUUAUCGUGCGACUCCAGAUCAAGAGGGUGAUUCACAAUCGUCAUCGAGCAACUCUCCAGCACAGCAGGAUUACGAGGAGUCGGAUUUCUACACGGGCAACAAUGAUUCUCAGUCCUCGAUCGGCGUCCCAACCUUCCGGGACAUGGCAGUGUCUGGGGAUGUCUGCGAACCACCGGCGAAUCGGUUACCUGCAGAAGUUCUUAUUGGCAUAUUUUCAAAACUCACUAGUCCACAGGAUCUGUUCAAUGCUAUGCUGGUAUCAAAGAGAUGGGCUCGAAACUCUGUAGACUUGUUGUGGCAUCGCCCGGCUUGUACAAAUUGGGAGAAUCACAGUUUCAUAUGCAAAACGCUUUCUCUUCCCAACCCAUACUUUUCCUACCGAGACUUCAUCAAGCGGCUCAACCUGGCCAGUCUGGCUGACCUAGUCAACGACGGUAGUGUCUUCCCCUUAUGGGUUUGUUCUCGAGUUGAACGCUUGACCUUAACUUCUUGCGAUGGUUUGACAGAUUCUGGACUGAUGGGCCUUCUCAAGGGUAGCAGCAACUUACUUGCAUUGGAUAUAUCUGGCGUGGCUCAAAUAACGGCCGAAUCCAUGAUGGUUUUAGCUGAAAACUGUACCAGGCUGCAGGGUCUCAAUAUUUCAUCAUGUACAAAGAUUUCCAACGAUUCCAUGAUUGCUGUGGCUGAAAGUUGUGGCUCCAUAAAAAGGGUAAGUUACUUGACAUUUGGUUCUUUAUUAUACUGGGACUGAUUCAAUGUGCUAGCUAAAACUCAACAAUUGCGAGCAACUCGAAGACGAGGCUAUUAUUGCCUUUGCAAGAAAUUGCCCCAAUAUUCUCGAAAUAGAUCUACAGCAAUGCAAGAAUAUUGGAAAUAUCCCAGUGACAGAGCUUCUUAUUCACGGUCAAAGCCUUCGUGAGCUCCGUUUAGCAAACUGCGAGUUUGUUUCAGACAACGCAUUCCUUAACCUGCCUUUAAACCGAACAUUCGAACAGCUCCGAAUACUUGAUCUCACAAGCUGUGCGCGAUUGACUGAUGCAGCCAUCGAACAUAUUAUCGCUUCUGCGCCCCGGCUCAGAAACUUGGUAUUUGCAAAAUGCCGAAAUCUUACAAACAAUGCUGUCGAUGCUAUUAGCAAGCUUGGAAAAAACCUUCACUACCUUCACUUGGGACAUUGUGGGCAUAUCACGGAUGAAGCAGUAAUCCGACUGGUUCAGGCUUGUAACAGAAUUCGAUACAUUGAUCUGGGAUGCUGUCUUCAUCUGACUGAUGAAUCUGUUAUGAAGUUGGCCACCCUGCCCAAGCUUCGCCGCAUCGGACUUGUCAAAUGCUCGAAUAUCACAGACCGAAGUGUUAAAGCUUUGGCUAACCCCCGCGCAUCACGAGGUUUAUCAAGACCUGGCGAGGAUAUGCCUUGGCAGGGAAGUAGUCUUGAGAGAGUUCACUUAAGUUAUUGCACCAAUAUUAACCUUGGCGUAAGAUCACCGCUUCAAUUCUGUAUACAAACACUAACGAUUUUCCAGAGCAUAAUAGAACUCUUAAAGAAUUGUACCAAGCUCACUCAUCUAAGUUUGACUGGCGUACAAGCAUUCCUCCGCCCCGAUCUGGAACAGUUCUGCCGUGAGGCACCCAGUGGUACGUGACUAAAACUACUUAUGAAUGACAAUCUGCUAAUUGUUUUCAGAAUUUACGGACCAUCAACGUAGUGUCUUUUGUGUGUUCUCCGGCAACGGCGUCGUUAGAUUACGGAAUCAUCUGAGUGCAGAAUCGUUUGAUGAAAUCGAUCAAGAUGGAGAAACUAUUGCGGACGAUGAUCAAACGAUGACUGGAAUGAUGCAUACAACCAAUAUCAACGCCGAGGAAGAUGUGGAUGCAGAUGCAGACGCAGACGACGACGACGAUGGGAUUGCAAACAAUAGUUUUGGAGGCGUGGCCACUUGAAACAGAUACGUCGACGAUGAAAUCGUGUGGAGUAUUAUAAAAGUUAUCCCUCAAGCGGAAACAGCGAAGUAGCCGAUAUCAUGAUUGGCCAAGCGAAAUCACCCCUCGAAAGCAUCGCAUCUUCAUAUUUUUAUAUGCUAUUCUACUGGAAAUUACUGAUCGAUUAGGAUUCCUUGUUUGGGAAAGGAAUCGAAGAACUUGAAGAGCUUUGAAGAGCACGUGCGAAGUUUAGGCAUGCUGAGAUUGACGCAAGAAUAGACUCAUGAAUGGUGGAAUACUCCGAUAGGAGGAAGAGCUAAUUAUCUUCUGGAGUUUGUGUUUGGGUUGGGGCGUUGUUGGUAAAGGAACCGUGGGGAAGGAAGUAUGGUAUUUCGGGGUUGGUGUUCAGCGGAUUGAGAGGAAUGAUACAUGAGUAUUUUUUUUUUGACAAUGGAGAUUUGAUUACUUUCCUUCUU